AUGGGCAUUAUCUAUGGCAUACCCCUGGCCGAUAUCCUUGAACAUACAUGGCAGGAGACGUUUCUGGCGCUUGGCUAUGUUGGGCUUAUCCUCAUCAUCUUUGAAGGCUAUGGAUAUGGCCCGGUCGAAACGUUCAUCAUCGGAGCUGCUCUGUCCGCCACUUCAUUAGGGACUACGUUUGCCGUCAUUGCCUCGGCAUCAAAAACCGUAGAUCUCGCUCAAACAAGAGUCGGCUCGAUUCUCGUGAGCGCGGCGGUCAUUGACGAUGUGGUCGGUCUGGUACUAUCCAGCAUCAUCAGCGAUCUGGGAAAGCUGUCAGAAAGUCACCAUGUCAGUCUGGGCUGGAUUAUCGGACGGCCGAUCGUGGCUUCGGUCGCAAUGGCCAUCGCCACCCCGAUCCUGACCAAGUACUUCUUUGCGCCAGUAUUCCGGAAAUUCAUUGAAUACCACUUUGCGCAAUACGAUCAUAUCUCAAACAUUAUUCUCAUGACGCUGGUCCUCUCCGCGUUUAUCAGCAUCGCCGCAUAUGCUGGAACCUCGGUCCUGUUUGGCGCAUUUCUGGCCGGCACGUUUCUGACCUAUAUCCCCAGUAAACGACCCGAGGGUCCGUUUGUCGUGAUGAGCCGCGAGCAGGGAGAGCGGGAAGCGGACAAAAGUCCGACUUUUGUUCAUACAUUCGAGGCGUAUCUUAUGGGGGUACAGGGCUAUCUGAUGGAGCCUUUGUUCUUUGCUAGUGUGGGGUUUGCGAUUCCCUUUAUCCAGCUCUGGACGGGUAAGAGGAUCUGGAGAGGCAUUCUGUAUACCCUUUUGAUGGCCUUUGCAAAGUUUGUUGUCGGAAGUUGGGUCCCUCUGUGGGGGUUGUUGACCGGGCGCAAAAGACGGGAGGCAGGGCAUAUUGCGAAGGGAUCGAGUUCCCACUCAGGUCAGACAAAUGAGUCUCAAGCAGGGAGGAAGCCUUCUGCGACCUGGCAAUCUGCGCUUCUCCUGGGCUCGGCCAUGGUUGCGCGCGGCGAGAUUGGGCUUCUUAUCAUUGAAAUUGGGUACAACGAAACAUCACUAGUGCCUAUCAUUCACUCACAAUGA